AUGGACGAGAUUUUAGAACUUUAAAGAUUGUUGGCUGAGGUAUAGGAAUAAACCUGCACAAAUAAGUUUUCAGAUAGAGUCAUUGUAGAAUUAGUAAAUAAAAUUAUCAAUGAUUAUGGAUUACAUCUAAUUUACAGUCAAGAUGGUUAGGAAUAUAUGACUCCUGAACAUUUAGAUGAAUAGUUAGCAUAGUUAAUAAGUGAAAGAGGAAGAAUUCAAGUUUUAGAAAUUCCUCCUAUUUUAAAUGUUACUGAAGAUGUUGUUGAAAACAGAGUCCCCAAAAUAAUAAAGAAGAACAAAAAGGACUUUAUUAGAGUAGGCAAUGAAGUUAUAACAAGCAAUUAUUUAAAUCAAAUAUGUGAGGAAAUUAAUGAAGAUUUACAAUAAUAAUCUCAAAUAUUCCUUUUUGAAUUAACUAGCAAGUAUUCAUUGACAUUGUAAUUUUUGAAAGAGCAACUUUAAUACAGAAUUGACAAUAAUAUUAUUGAUGGAAACAUUAUAGGAGAUAAGCUCUGUACACUUACUUACUAAGAAUUAACUAAAUCUAAAUUCAGAGGUCUAUUUAGAGGUGCAACAAAGCCUAUUUUGUUGUCCAGCUUGGCAAAAGAUUAUUAAAUAGAAUAAAGAUAAUUGCAAGAAAUAAUAGAAGAUCUCAUUAGCAGUGAAGCCAUUGAAGGAAAAAUUAUUAGCGGCUAAUUUGUUCCUACAAGAUUCUAAAGGAAUUAAGAAAACACUAUUCGUGAUUUCUUGAAAUAAAAUAAAUACAUUGAAUACAGUAUGUUAUAAAAGCUAUUCAUCUAAAAGCCAGAAGAAACUCUGAAGCAGAUGUUCAGAGAUUAAAUCAUUCUUUUAGAUGACUGCGCUUUUUACAAAGACUCACUUGAAGAAUUAAAAGAACAAAUUGUCAACUUGCUCUUAGAAGAAGGUUACACAGACUUGUCGUUUAUGUUCCCUACUUGUUUAACUGAAGCAGAUAUUGAGACAAUUGUGAAUAAGCAUUUGAAGCUUACUGAAGUGGAAUUAGAUGAGACUAUGAUAUUUAGUCAUCAUUAUAUUGAGAAAUGCGUUACAGGCCUUAAAUAAAAUAUUAUCACUUAGCUAUAAGAAAAUCCAUAAAAGGCUAUCUAGAAAGAUAAGACUCUGGAUGAUAGUGAUGAUGACAGUGAGGAUGGAGGUAAGAAAAAGAAAGGAGGAAAAGGAAAGAAAUAACCUCCUGCUGCUAGUGCUAGCGUUUCAACUAGAGCUUUUGAAAACAAAAAAGAUAAGAAAGGAGGAGCAUAAAAACCAACUAAAAAGUAAACUGAAGAGUAAAGAGAUAAAGGAAAUAAUCUCUUCAAUCAAGACGAAUUCAUUUCCAUUCUCCUAGAAGCUAAAAUAAUAAAUUAAAAUGAUAAGGGUGAUGAUUUCGAAAAUAAAUUGUAUCGCAUAGCAUAGCCUAGCUUGUAGAAAUACAUUGAGUAGUUAAGAAAGGAAAUGAUGGACAAAAAGAAGUCAGGAUCUUAAGAAGUGAUUAUGCAACUUAACUAAUUAAUUGAAGAUGCUAUGCUUAUGAUCUAAAUUUCUUAAAAUUCUAUUACUUACAUUGAAAAUAACCACUCCGAUAUCAAUAUGACUCUCUUUUCAAAUAAUAUACACUACACUCUCCGUCUUGUUAUUGAAAACACUAUUGUCUUAAUAUGCAAAAAAUUAGCUAUUUCUUUACCACAGGGCUUGUUCAUAAAAAAAGAUGAAGAAGAUCCCUCCAAAAAUAUCUAAAUUGCUACUCUCGUUUUGAAAAAAGUCUUUAAAAGCAAGGAAAUGCUCUAGCAAGCCAUAAGCUUACUUCCUAAAGAAUAUAAUUUAUUCCUUAUUAAAGCUUUCGAGUUAUACUUAAAAAAGCAACCAAAACCCUUGAUUGAAUACUUGAUGAACAACACUCAAUUAAUGGGAGUUAGAGCUAUUUUGGAUAAGAAAAUUGAAAAAAAUCUCAUCUUAACUACUAAGUACUAUAUAAAAGACCUCAUCAAAAAAGAUAAAGCAGAUAAUAAGCUUAAUUUCUUAAGAACAGUCUAAUACAUAUUAUUAGAUAAAUUUGGUUAAUUCUAUAUAGGAAAUCUAGACAGCAAAUUUAUAUCAAGCAUUUUAAUUAUUCUUUCAGAUUUAUCAAAAGAGAUGGAAGACAUUAGCCCUCUUUACUCACAAACAUUAGCCCUUUAUAAAUAAAUAACUAAAGAAAAGAAAGAUGAAAUACCAGACAGUAAAAUCUCUGAUGAAUAGGCUUCCGUAUAAUUUGAGUCAUCUUUGCAUUCGCUCAUAAAAGCUACUAAAAUGUGA